UGCUUGUACAAUUUAUGAAAAAAAAACCAAGGAUACAAUCGAUAGUAUUCAUUGUGGGCCACAACUAUCGAUAGUAUCAAACAAGAAUGAAAAAUGAGUUUUGAAGAUUCUUGGAUUUUUGCACCAAUUUUAUUUGGAUUUGUAAUUGGAUUUAGAUUUAAAAAACCACUGUUAAUAACAAGAUUAUCAUGGCGACAAAAACUUGUGAUCAUUGUACCAAAGAAUGAUGUUCGCUGUAUGAGUAGUGGUAAUUCCGAAUUAACAUCAUUUUGUUCCAGUGUUUCGAUUAAAGCAUUUGAAACAUCGAGGAAACAAACACCGAUAUCACAUUAUUUAUGGUCAAUGUUUGGACAGCCAAAAGUUAUACUGCAAACUAAUUCGAAAGAAAAUCUAGAACAUUUUGCACGACAAGCAUCCGAAUCGCUGAUAUGUUCAACGAUAUUACGUAAUGAGAAUGGCCAAACCAUUCUGGCAAUAGGUCCAGGACCAAAUUCAAUGAUUGAUAAAAUAACUGGUCAUUUGAAAUUAUUGAAAUAAAACAUUAUAUUAUUAUUAUUAUUA